AUGAUGAUGAUGUUUAUGAUGAUGACUUUCGAUGAUGAUGAUGAUGAUGAUGAUGAUGAUGAUGAUGAUGAUGAUGAUGAUGAUGAUAAUGUGAUGAUGAUGAUGAUGAUGAUGAUGAUGAUGAUGAUGAUGAUGAUGAUGAUGAUAAUGAUUCUGAUGAUGAUGAUGAUGAUGAUGAUGAUGAUGAUGAUGAUGAUGAUGAUGAUAAUGAUGAAAUGA